GGGAAACAGCAGAGGCUUCGACCCAAGCCGGCUGGGAAACGGCUGAUGCUGGGACCCAGGCCAAAUGGGAAACGGUGGAGGCUGGCAGAGAGUCAGAGGGCUGAGGCAGGUGUCCAGGCGGUACAGGAGACGGCUGUCUCUGCAACACAGGCUGUGUGGGAGACCGCGGAGGUCGGAACUCAGCCAGACUGGACAGACGGGUUCAUUCUUGUGGACACUGUCGCACCCCAGGUGGUCACUCUGGAUGGCGUGGAUGGACAGCUGCAGCCGUCUGGGUGGGAUGUCCAGACCCUGCUUCGUUACACCAUGGUGUACAGAUCGUCCACCCUGUUCUUCUGCGGUCCCUGCUGAUGAGAACUGUGUGCUUGAUGCAGAGGGCAACCGUGACACCUACACCACCACUGAUGCUGCAACCAUCAUCAAGUGGCGCUGUAGUGAGGUCGUCCGUGCAGUGUCUUACCAUGAGCAAGAGUCCAAGUUGUUGGUUCUCAUGGAUGGAGUUCCGGUCAUCCAGACAUCCAAGACCUACAAGCGGGUGACCUUGUCUGCCAACGGAUCACUGAUCCUACUCAGCGACGCCCAGCAGUGCAACUACGCCAGCGUUGCUGUGAGGAUGAUCCUGCGCAACCUGGCCACGCUGAAUGGGAGGGAUGCGGAUCUCUUUCAGCGGGCCUUUGAUGACCUGGUGGCCUACGUCCAGAACCCGGAGAAUGCCCUGAGCAUUCAGGUGGAGCUUCUGGAGGCGAGGAUCCACCACAUCAAUGUGCUUGACAUCGUGUUCAAGUUGGUGCUGUUUGGCAUGUUUGAUGUGGCUCAACGCCAGCUGGUCCCUCGGGUGCAGGGUGGGUUCCUGGACCGACUGCUUGCAGUGGUUCAUGCCUUCCUGCCCUUUGAGGCCUGUUCACCAGCUGCACAUCAAUAUUGGCAGAUGCUGCAGGCGGACGUCCGGGCGUUCCUGGAGGAGGUGUUCUCUCUGGACCUCAGUGUCUACAGCCGUCUCCAGGCCCUCGCCGACGGGCUUUUCAGCUGUCUGGAGCGCCGGGUGGACCAGCUGCUGAGCACGCUCCCAUCGCCCUAAUAUCCUUUUUAAUACUCUCGAUAAAAUCAAUAUAAAAAAAAUGAUAUAAUGAUAUAAUACAGUAAUAUAUUACAAAGUCAAUGUCUUAACACCUACCCUC